UCCUCUGCCCUCUUCCCUUGGCACGGAGGCCAAGUUCUAUCCCUUAGAGUCCAGCUGGGGGAAGAAAAGGAUCUGCCCAAAGUGAAGCGUCAUCACCCUCACCCUCGUUUGUCCAGAGCUUUAAGGUGACCCUGGGAAAAGAUCCUGAAUCUUGAGGUGAGCCGGCAACAUGAAAAGCGAGUGCAGUCCUGUGCCCUGCUCCGCGGCUCGAGCCCUCUUUACUCGCCUAAUCUCCGGCCCCUUGGGUACCCCGGCAUCUCUAGAACCCACAAGAGAGGGCGGGGCUCCCUGACCCGCUGAAGUGCUCCCGGGGCGGUGACUGCCAGGCAGGAGAAGCGUGCACCCCAAGGAGCUAAGGCUUUGCAAAUCCAGGGGCGCCGCUGAUGCCUGGAGCAUAGGCCAAUGGAAUUACGCAGGAGAAGAGGUCUGGUGCUCUCUCUACUGCGCCAUCUAGCGGCAAAACGAGGAAAAACUCCGCCUCCUCACAGUGCGCAGACGCAAAUCUCUUUUGAAAGGAAGGCCUCGGAGCCCCCUGGGAGAUGGAGUCCCUUCGGAAGCGCGUGUGCGCAGUGCGAGCCGGCUGCGAGCCUUCCGGCCUCUGGACUCCAUUUCCCAGAAUGCCUUCGGAGGCCUUCGUUCUCCCAACCGGUCUCGUGCGGAUAUGAGGAGAGGACUCGUCAUUCAGUGGCUCGGAGUCCCGCGAGGCUCCGACUUAACAGUCUCGGGCCCAGGUGUGGCGGAGCCCCGGGUGAGUGGAGGGAGGGAGAAAGAGUGCGCACGCGCCUCCUCCCGCCAGCCCCUUCCUCCCUCCCUCCAGGCCGGCAGCCCAGCUGGCAGACUGACACGGCAAAGUCCAUCCAAAGGAUGCCCCUUCCCUGUUGCCCCCGGGUCUGCCCUGCUUCAUCUUCUGUAUGGGAAGGGGGUCUCCCCCUUGCUUGAGACUGCCUUGGGCCAACACCCCGCCUCCAGCAGCCAGGACCCUGCCCAGAAUGACCUUUGUAAAUGCAUGAAAUCCCAAACCUAGCCAGAUGUUUCUUGAAUGAAAGACACUACCGACUUCACUCCAUCCAUAUCCUGGGGCUGGAGGGUCUGGAUUACAGUGUGUGCCUCCAUCCUUGCUCUGGAUAAGAGUGUCCAGGGACCCAGCUGGUGGUGCAGCGGACUGAGUGCUGGGACCUAAGUUCAAAUCCAACCUCAAACUUAUUAGCUGUGUGACCCUGAGCAGCCCCCAGGUGGGGACAGGGUUCUGAGGCCCAGAAUGAAGUUAAGUGAUCUUGCUUUUGACUGCCCGGUCUCUGACUUUAUUGGAAAGAGACCAUGAAGGAUGCCUCCCCAGCCCCCCCUGAGGAGCAGCCUACUGCCUGAGCCCUCUCCCCAGAGCCUGGGGGCGGCCCCUGGCACCGAGGCCCAAAGGCUUGGGCAGAGAGCUCAGCCUCCAGACUCCGUGAGGAUGAAGGAUGAGGAAGGCCUGACUCCUGGGCCCCUCCAAGCCCGGUUUCAGGCAUCCGUGACCUUCAGGGAUGUGGCCGUGGACUUCACCGGGGAGGAGUGGAGAUGCCUGGAGCCUGCCCAGAGGGCCCUGUACAGGGACGUGAUGUUGGAGACAUACGAGAACCUGGUCUUCCUGGGUUUAAGUGUUCCCAUUUCCAAACUGGACUUGAUCUUCCUGUUGGAGAGAGGAGGAGCACUGUCAAGGCCCAUGGGAAGAGUCCCCAGCGACUCCUGUCCAGAUUCCUUUAUUGAAGAGGCCAGGUGUGAAAGAAAGGACUCAGGUCUGAUACAAGGCAUUUACACAGAAGCAUCCAAUAAAAAAAGACUGCCAAAGGGUAAUCCUCAGCAUUCCGAGAAGAAAGAAACCAGGAGACUUGAAGUUAUUGUAGAGAAACAGAAGGAUAAGCAGGAGAGACAAUCCAAACCAGUAACAGCUACUCGUGGCAAAACUCCUAAUAAAGUGUGCAUUCUUCAUUGUAAUCCACCAGGGAGAAGUUUGCAUUUGGGGUCAGGCUUUGUUGCACUAAGGAAAGGCAUUAUGGGGGACAGCCUCCAUAAAUAUAAGAAGCUUGGAAAAUGCGUCAAGGAUUUUUCCAGCCCACUUACAUGCAAUACAUUCUUCUUAGAGAAGAACCUCCAUAAGUAUACAAAGUACAAGAAGCCCUUUAGUUACCACUCAGAUCUAAUUAAAUUUCAUAAAAUACAUGCUGGAGAAAGACUAUGUGAACACGCUGAGGAUGGGACAACCUUUGGCAAAAGAUCAAAUCUUACUGAACAUAAGAUAAUUCAUACUAGAAAGAAAUAUCAUAAUUGUAAUAAAUAUGGGAAAACUAUUGGAACCUUGAAUAAAUGUAAGAGAAUUCAUACCAGAAGAAAGCACUUUGAAUGUAAUGAAUGUGGCAAAGACUUUAAUCUGGGGUCAAACCUUAUUAUACAUCAGAGAACUCAUACUGCAGAGAAACCCUUUAAAUGUAAUGAAUGUGGGAAAUCUUUCCAUAUAAGGGGAAGACUUAAUAGACAUAAGAGAAUUCAUAGUGGAGCGAAACCCUUUGAAUGUACUGAGUGUGGAAAAGCCUUCAGCCAGAGGGGACACCUUACCAAUCAUCAAGGAAUUCAUAGUGGAGAGAAACGCUUUAAAUGCAAUCAGUGUGGGAAGAGCUUUAGCCAGAGGGGGCAUCUCAUUAAUCAUCAAGGAGUUCAUACUGGAGAGAAGCCCUUUAAAUGUAAAGAAUGUGGGAAAGACUUCAGCCGAAGGGGAAACCUUAUUGCUCAUCAGAGAACUCAUACUGGAGAGAAACCUUUUGUAUGUAAGGAAUGUGGGAAAGCUUUCAGUGAGAGGGGAAACCUCAUUACCCAUCAGAGAACUCAUACUGGAGAGAAACCGUUUGAGUGUCGUGAAUGCAGGAAAGCCUUCAAAGACAGGGGAAGCCUUAAUAGACAUCAGAGAACUCAUACUGGAGAGAAACCCUUUGCAUGUAAUGAAUGUGGGAAAACCUUCAGGCACAGGGGAUCCCUUAUCGAUCAUCAGAGGAAUCAUACUGGAGAGAAACCCUUUAAAUGUUAUGAAUGUGGAAAAGCCUUUAGCCGGAGAGGAAUCCUCAUUCAUCAUCAAAGAACUCAUACUGGAAAGAAGCCUUUCAAAGGCACUGAGUAUGGGAAGACCUUCAGGAAUAAGGGAAACCUUAGUAGACACCAGAUAAUCAAUGCUGAAGAGAAACCCUUCGAAUGUGAUGAAUGUGGGAAAGCCUUUAGCCAGAGGGGACUCCUCAUUCAUCAUGAGAGAACUCACACUGGAGAGAAACCCUUUGAAUGUAAUGAAUGUGAGAAAGCCUUCAGUAGCAGAGGAAGCCUUAACAGACAUCUGAGAAUUCAUACUGGAGAGAAACCCUAUGAAUGUAAUGAAUGUGGCAAAGGUUUCAGCCAGAAGGGACACCUCAUUUAUCAUCAAGGGAUUCAUACUGGAGAUAAACCCUUUAAAUGUAGUGAAUGUGGAAAAGGCUUCAGUUGGAGAGCAAGCCUUAUUACCCAUCAGAGAACUCAUACUGGAGAAAAACCCUUUGCAUGUAAUGAAUGUGGGAAAGGCUUUGGGGAGAGGGGAAACCUUAUUACCCAUCAGAGAACUCAUACUGGAGAGAAACCCUUUGAAUGUAAUGGAUGUGGGAAAGCCUUCACCCAGAGGGCAAGCCUUAUUACCCAUCAGAAAACUCAUACUGGAGAGAAACCCUUUAAAUAUAAUUAAAAUGGCCAAGCCUUUGAUAAGAGUAUAAUACUCAAAAGCUAUCAGGUAACUUAUACUAAAGAGAAGCACUUUGAAUAUAAUUAACAUAGGAAACUUUAUUAGGAUACCCCUUGGAGGACAUCAGUGAAUACAUGCUGAAUUAAAAAUCUUCUUCUGUAAUGAAUAUAGGAAAGCUUUUUUUUUUCCUGGAAAAUGCUCAAAAGACAUAUAAGAGUUCAUAUUGGAUACGAGACCUUUGGAUCUUAUGAAUGGGGGAAAGUCUUCUCCUGGAGGGGAUACCUUAUAACACCUUAUUGAGCAUCAGAAAUACUUUCCAUAUAAUCAAUGUGGAAAAGGCUUCAGCAUGAUGUCAAAAAUUAUUACUCUCCAGAACUCAUCCUGGAAAGGAACCCUUCGCAUGUGAUACAUGUAGUAAGCUGUUCAUCCAAGGAGCAAAACUCAUUACCCAUCAGAGAAGGCAUACUGGGAAGAAUCUCUUUUAAUAUAAUGAUUGAGAAAAUUUUAAGACAGAGGAAGCACCUUAUUAGACAUCAGAAAAUGUAUAAUGUAGUAAACUUUAAAAUAUAAAGAAUAUGAGAAAGCUUUCAGCUGGAGGGUACACCAUCUUUUUAAUGAUUUUUUUUUUUGCUAGCUUUGGUUUUUCUGCAUUUCCUAAUGUGUCAGCUUCUUCUGGUCCCCUCCCAGAAAGCCAUCCACUAUACAAAAGAAAAAAAUUAUCCAGUAAAAUGAAACAACACCCUGAAAAGUGUGACAUUAAAUGCAGUGUGGCACACUCAUAGUCACCUGCCUCUGUAAAGAAUCUGUUUCCUUCUUGUAUUUCUUCUUCAAGAUCAAGCAUGGUCAUAAUUUCAUAGCA